UGCGACCGCGAGAAUCGGCGGCGGCGCGCUCCUCGAGUCGAGUACACAAUCCGCGCUCCCGAUGAACUUUCUCGGGGUCACAGGUUGAGCCGAGCGGUGUAUCUUGGAAAUCGCGAUACUCCCGAGAAUGUCGGCGGAAGGUGGAAGGAGACGGUGUGUCGGGAAAAACGAUGGAACGGUGCCUGAUAAGAGCAGUCGGUAUUUUACCCGGUUCCCCGUCGCCAAAGUGGAUCCUCGCUGUGUGUGUGGGAAACUUUAAAGUAAACCGUGACGGAGCUGUUGCAGUUUGAACAAAGUUUCGAAACGGAGAAGACGAGCAGCGUCCUCGGGGCAAAGGGAAGGAGUCGCUGUGUCGACUCGGAAGGAGGAAUGCGAAUGAUCGAGUGAAUGAUUGUCGUGAUAACAAACUUGGGCUUGGGGAUUAUCGAGUACGGAUUUAUUUGUAAUACAGCACAUCGCGCGCAAUAACGCGAGCCGCGUAAAUCCCGUGGCGAGAGAUCUCUUUUUUUCUUUUUCUUUCUUUUUCUUUUCAAGGCGUCUCGUUAACGUUUCAUCUAGCCGCGUGCAAGGUAACGUGCGUACGCGGCGGAACACAAAAACCAGCCACGUUAUUGAAUCCCCGGCGGAUUCAAUGCAAAGCCUCGCGGCUCGGCGCGAGAAAAACCCUUUGUGCUCGGUUUGUACGGGAGUGGCCGUACCGGGAGUGACCUUGUCCGGAUGACAAUGAUCGGUUCUCAGUGCACGUCAUCCGACCGAGAGGACAGCCUCGGCAAAGGGACGGCGUUGCAGGCGCGUUAAUUGAUCUGUCGCCGAUCGGAAUUGGAGUCGACACUUAGCGACAGCGAUGGUGCUGGUGAUUCGUGAUCUCUCCAAUUGCACAGGUUACAUCAUUAGGUGCACGAGAAUCCGGUGUUAAUCAACACAGCGCGGUAACCGGCGAAAACCCGGAGGAGGCUGUGUGCAACUGGACACUACUACCGUUUCCGCUGCUGCAGUUUCCUCGAUGCGGCGGCACGUGGAAAAUCCUGCCACGCUGCCGGAUGUGCCGAAGAUGAAUCGUAGGUGACAAGAAAGUUCGAGUUCCCUGAUCGAAUUCAAUCUAUUUGGUGAAAACGUGCCUCGAUGUACCGCAAAAGAUCCGAUCCGGCCGCACGUGGCCGCGAUCCAUCGCGGACGGAUCGAUCGCCUCGGCGCGGGAGGAUCUUGUGCGUUCUCCUGCUGUUCGAAACGCUGCUCGGCUGCGACGCUCGAGGUAACGGCACGCCAGAUGUUUACAAGAUACUCGGAGGUGCCAGAGCGCGUCAGGCGGAUUACGAUUACUCAUACAUGAAUAAUGACGUAAGUGAAGAUCAGGGGAAUCUCUACGUCGGUCACAGUGGUGACCCGUGGAGCGCUUCGUCGGCGCGCAAUUACGACGAGGAUGUCUACGUGCGCGUGUCGCCGAACAACGUUACGGCGAACAACACGAAGGCUCAACCCGCAUUGCGCGGUUUCAGAACGAAUGGAAAGGAGACCACGAGCCAUACGAGAUUCAAAAGAGGAGUGAUACACCUCUAUAACAUGGUGGUGUGCGCCACAGGAUGUAAUCCUCUGCUUUAUAAAGGAUACGGCUGCUAUUGCGGAUUCUUGGGUUCCGGUUAUGUCAUCGAUGGUAUCGAUCAGUGCUGUAAAAUGCAUGACUGGUGCUACGACGCUACGGAAUGUCCUAUGUUCUCGGAAUAUUUCGUACCGUAUUACUGGAGAUGUUACCACGGUUAUAAACCCGUUUGCGCGGUUGAGCAUGGCAGUUGGGGAGGAUCGGGAUCUUGUGCUCAACGUUUGUGCGAAUGCGAUCGUUCGUUAGCCGAAUGCCUGAGAAGAUAUCCUUGCCCAACUACCAAAGCAGUUUGUACCUCAUCACCAUGGAGACUCGUGCAGAAUCUCUUCAUGAUUAUAUAAAUCAUGUAUUUUGAAAAUAGAAUAAGCUAUAUUUUGAAAAAUGCGAUAAACAUAUCUUAUCGUCAGAUCUGAUUUACAAAAUGAAAUGAUUUACAUAAUACCUAGUUUGCGACUCGUACAUAUCAUGUCAAAACAUAUCGUGUCAUAUCAAUUCUCAAAGGCCGAUAAAACUCAAAUGCCAAA